AUGGUGAGUCGGUGGGUAAAUGCAAGUUCGAAAUGGACGAGUGAAACCAAGGAGAAAAGCAAGCGGGUUGGCUCCGGAUUAAAACCCGUAAAUCCAGUUCCUAUUUUGGAAGAUGUAGAACAAGCAGAUGUAAAGUUUGAUGAUAAAUAA